GGCCAUCCGCGGCUCGGCGGCGACGGCGACAUGGAGAGCGGGGCCUAUGGCGCGGCCAACGCUGGCGGCUCCUUCGACCUGCGGCGCUUCGUGUCGCAGCCUCAGGUGGUGACGCGCCUUGUGAGCAUGGUCUUGGCCUUGAUCGUGUUCUCCUGCAUCUUCGGCGAGGGCUACACCAACAUUCACACAUCUGACCAGCUAUACUGCGUGUUCAAUCAGAACGAGGAUGCCUGCCGCUAUGGCAGUGCCAUCGGGGUGCUGGCCUUCCUGGCUUCAGCCUUCUUCCUGGUGGUUGAUGCCUUCUUCUCCCAGAUAAGCAAUGCCACUGACCGCAAGUACCUGGUCAUUGGAGACCUGCUCUUCUCGGCUCUCUGGACCUUCCUGUGGUUUGUUGGUUUCUGCUUCCUGACAAACCAGUGGUCAGCCACGAAACCCGAAGAUGUCCGGGUAGGAGCGGACUCAGCGCGGGCAGCCAUCACCUUCAGCUUCUUCUCCAUCUUCUCCUGGGGUGUGCUGGCUUCCCUGGCCUACCAGCGAUACAAGGCUGGAGUGGAUGCCUUCAUUCAGAACUACGUGGACCCCACCCCGGAUCCCAACACAGCCUAUGCCUCCUACCCUAGUGCCUCUGUGGAAAACUACCAGCAGCCACCCUUCACCCAGAAUGUGGAGACUACUGAGGGCUACCAGCCUCCUCCAGUGUACUGAGCAGCCAGGAACAAAGAGGCAGGGAGAGUGCUGGGGAGGGGGGCACCCCUCUACCCUGGACUCCUCUCAAGGUUUGCUGUCCAGAACUGUAGUCCCUUGCCUGUUACAGUUGACAGCCAGAAUCCAUGCCUUUCUGCAUCCCAGCUGCAGCCAGAGCACACCUGAAGUGCCCAUGCCCAGAGGGACUUCACCACCACCAACCCGAUCCUCAAGGGCAUUUUUGAGGAAAGGGUUUUUACGAGAUCUUUUUUGUGCCUGACCCCAGUACUGUAGAUGGAACCCAGGGCCUUGGAUUUGCUUAACCAGCGCUAUCAUCCAGCUGUGUGCUCCUCGUUGCUUUUAAUAACCCUGAAUCCCUUGUCAGAGAGCCAGAGGCAGGGGCCUGCUACGCGCCUUUUCUGACAUCUGCCAGUUUCUCCACAGUUAGAGACCAUGGGAGGCCCAACUCUUUUUUUUUUUUUUCCUCCAAAGACAAGGUUGGGGAUCCUUGUGCCUGUCUCCUCGGAGUGCUCACCUCCUCACGACCUCACUCAGGGUCAGUCCCCAGCUCCGGCUGGGCUGCUUGCUCACUGCUGUCUUCUGGGGGUCACCACUGUGCCAACCGUCCCCAGGGUGCUUGCCUGCCAGCUGCAGGGCACGCAGAGGGACUAAAUACCACUUCCUUCUUGCCCCCGCCCCUGGCAGAAGGGACGGAGACUUGCCUGGAUUUAACACCCAGCUUUAUGUAAAUACUCCCAAGCAGCUGUUAGAUAUUAGAGGGAGGGCAGGAACCCCUGCACUGAAUGUAUUGGAGACUUGGUGGGGACACCCCUGCCCUCAGGUUCUGUAGACUAGUUUGGAGAUGGAAUAAACCUUUUUCUCAGCG